GCUGUGUGGUUAAAUAUGGCUUGUUUUCUAAUGGCAAUACUUGUAUUUGCGGUUUUCGGUAACGUGAUCUCGUUGACUGAGGUGGAACAAAGUUGUAUCAAUACCUAUUCUGAGCAUUUUGAUAACGUCUUCCUAAUUGGAACUUGGUAUAAUGUUUACAAAUUUGCAAUAAUCUUGGACUUGUUACCUUCGAGUUCAUGCAUCAAAACUGAAAUUAAAAAGGCACCCCCUUCUGAUGUCCAGAAAUAUGUCGAUGCAUACAAAUUGAAUAACCCAUAUUCCUUUGAUGAGAAUCCGAUCUUAAUGGACCGAAAUUCAGGACAAUUCAAAGGGAUGUUGAUGGGUAAUAACCAAGCGAAAUUUUUCGUAUAUGACCCAGAAACGAUUUAUUUCAGAGAAGACAGGUAUGAGGCUAGAGUUUAUAUGAAAGUGAACAAUGAUUAUAUGCUGUUUCACCAAUGUUCAUUACGUGGUAAUCAGAAAUGGUUGUUAUCGAGGAAGAACAGCACGACUACUGAAGAAUUAAAUGCAGUGCUCAAGUCUAUAAAUUCUGAAGUAAAAAGCCUUGAAACCCAAAAAUUUUGUGCUUAA